AUGCCAUCGUCUACCCGUCACGCUCGUUCAAGUUCAAAUUCCCAUCAUGCAACCCCGUCCGCACAGAAAACAGAGGUGCGGAUACAUGUCUACGACCUGCUACCACCAGGCCGGCUUUCUUCGUUCCUCUGGUUUAUCGGCGGGCCUCUGCUCCACACGGGCGUCGUCGUAAGAGACAAGGAGUAUGCGUUUGGCGGGCAUCAGAGGGAAGGCGCAACCGGCGUAUAUUGGACACGGCCGCGACUAGAACCGCCGGGUGGAACAUUUCGGAGCGAGAUACUACAUGGAUUCUGCCUAUUGAACGAAGCGGAGACCGAGGAGGUCAUUCGAAAGGCGGCCCACCGAUUCCUCGGCACCUCGUAUACCCUACUAACCCAAAACUGCAACCACUUCACCUCGUACCUCUGCGAACGCCUCACCUCCCGCCCGGCCCCACGCUGGAUCAACCGCGCCGCCGCCAUCGGUGUCGCGCUGCCGUGCAUGGUGCCGCGGGAAUGGGUCGCGCCGCCGGACGUGGAGACCGCUGACGGGGAGCUGGUGGACGAGGAGGACGACGAGCGGGCGGUGAUGCUGCGCACGGAAUAUCAGCGGAAGGUGCGGGCGGUGUCGGAUGGGGAGCAGCGGAGUUGGGAGGUGGAGAUGGAUCGGAUCUCGCAGGGUGGUCGUACGGACUCGAUAGCGUCGCUAGAAGGCCCCGUGAACGAUGGCGUCAGGAGAUAUUUACCAGCCUCGGAGCGAGCGCCGGUUCCACAUCGGAGGUAG